UGGGAAAUAGCUUCUGAGCAAAGGCAAAGGUUUUUUCUUUUUUUUCCUCCUGCAUCUAGGCCCAAGCAGGCUGUACCCUUGAGAGCGCAGGUGUCAAGAAAAGCUUCACUUUCUCAGAGGCGGUGGUGCAGAAGCAGGACAACCUGAGAGGUGGUGUCCCAAACAGGCAGAAAACCAUGGACAGAUAGUGGCUGCCGGGGACAGGGAGCUACAGCAUCGGAAAGGCGGGACUUCCGGUGCGGUCUUGGGCCCACUUUCCGGCGUCCAUCAGGGAAUGAAGGAUGGCAGCACGCCGUGCAUUAAAAGCUGUUUUGGUAGAUCUCAGUGGCACACUUCACAUUGAAGAUGCAGCUGUGCCGGGCGCACAGGAAGCUCUUAAAAGGUUACGUGGUGCUUCUGUAAAAGUUAGGUUUGUGACUAACACAACUAAAGAGAGCAAGCAAGAUCUAUUGGAAAGGUUGAAAAAAUUGGAAUUUGAGAUCUCUGAAGAUGAAAUAUUCACUUCUUUGACUGCAGCCAGAAAUUUAGUAGAGCAGAAACAGGUCAGACCCAUGCUGCUGGUUGAUGAUCGGGCACUACCUGACUUCAGAGGAAUACAAACUAGUGAUCCUAAUGCAGUGGUCAUAGGAUUGGCACCAGAACACUUUCAUUAUCAAAUUCUGAAUCAAGCAUUCCGGCUACUCCUGGACGGGGCACCUCUCAUAGCGAUCCACAAAGCCAGGUACUACAAGAGGAAUGACGGCUUAGCCCUGGGGCCUGGGCCAUUUGUGACUGCCUUAGAGUAUGCCACAGACACCAAAGCCACAGUAGUAGGGAAACCAGAGAAAAUGUUCUUUUUGGAAGCCUUGCGGGACACUGGCUGUGAACCUGAGGAGGCCAUCAUGAUCGGAGAUGAUUGCAGGGAUGAUGUUGGUGGGGCUCAGAACAUCGGCAUGCUGGGCAUCUUAGUAAAAACCGGGAAAUACCGAGCAGCAGAUGAAGAAAAAAUUAAUCCACCUCCUUACCUCACUUGUGCGAGCUUCCCUCAUGCUGUGGACCACAUUCUGCGGCAUCUACUGUGAACCGUUACGGGAACCUGAAGCAACUUGAAAUGCAGCUUUUCCUUGUCUGGAAUGAAUCCCUCACCAACUCAGUGCCAGCGUAAAUAGACACAUACUGCUCAUGGCUGAUCCCAUUUUAACCCUCUUUUUUAUUGUGCAUUAAGUAGAAAGAAAGGUAUUGAAUUGCAGCCAGCUACUAAGCCUUGCUAAUCUCUUUUGUUUAAUUUUGUAAAAGAAGAUGAGACCCAAAGAAAGGGAAAGCUGAGAUUUUUGUGCCAUUCCUUUUAAAAUAUUCAUCAGGUUAGGCAGGGCUGGGAGAGAGAAUCUUCUGUAGGGAAUAGUAUUCCCUGCUAUCUCAUCCCUGGUAUACUGGGUGGGGGAAAUUCAGAUUGUGAAUAAAGUUAUUGGUGUUCUUUAAAUUUUAAAGUAAUGUGUUGAAAGUUAAAGCAUUGGGCUAUAGUUUUAAUACUAAGUUUACCUGUGAAAUCCAUUAGACAUGUCAAAUAGAGUACAAGGCAGAAGAACAAAAUGAAUUGUCCUUUAGCCCAGGUGAUCAAGUGAAUAUGCUUUAACAAAUUUUGAAAACUAGAUUAUCUGCUGUAUUAUUCCCAGCACAGGUGACUUCUCUCUUCAUUAGCCAGAGAUGACUAAUUUAAAUUUAGAACCUGAUUUUAAUUUAAAAUAAUACUUCCAUUAAUAAUCUAUUCAUUGCAGAUACCUAUUAUACUGUGUAACAGUUGUUUUGGAAAUUUUAUGUAAAAUUAAAACUAUCAGUAUUUUACAGAUGUUUUAAUUAGACAUUGUUAUUAACAGGAACAGUGCAGAAACUAAAAUCAAGCCUUUAAUGUCUUAUAGACCAUGCAUUUUUGAAGUUAGUGUCCACCAGGGUCCUAUUAACUGUACAUUUGCAAGAUUUCAUUAUUUUUGCCUCUGACACUAUGGGAAAAAUCUUUUAGAAGCUAUUGGGACAGAUUCAAGCUUUUAUGUACGUGGUUACUACAGCUGUAAGAUGAAAUCCCGUCUUGUAGCAUGGAUCACUCUUCUCACGUUAAACCCACCAAAAUGAAGGGGACUAAGUAGGUAAUGAUUUUCUGAGCGCAUUUGCAUAUGUGAUAAUCCUGGGCCUCUGCAAUUGUGUUACAGGGCUCUUGGGCAUUGAAUUAUUAGGAUGUAAUUGUACAUCAUUGUAGUGUUCACCUUACUGAAGCUCACACUGAUGGUAAUGAGCUUCAGGUUUUGAGGCUUGUUCAGAGAUCAGCUUGGUCUUGAAUGGGAGGGAGCAAAACUAAAUAGAUGGCCGUUCCCUCUUGUUUUGGUAGUUUGGUGGGCACUCUGCUCUUGUUUUUACAAAUGCCCCAACUUAGCACUUAUAUAUCCUGAAGUCCAGAAGACAGAUGUGAAAUAACCACCACCCAAAAUCAGGAUAUGAGUGGAGUGGCUAAGAGCGUAGACUCUGGAGCCUAGCCCACACUUAACCUCACUCUGUGACCUUGGAAAGUCACCCAGCCUCUUGUAUCCCCAUUUCCUUAUCUUUAAAAUGGAGAUAAUAAUAGUGCCUACCACAAAGGGUUGUUGUGAGGUUAAAUGCAUUAACCAUAUAUUAAGUACUUGAAUAGAAUCAGGCACACAGUAAGUGCCAUAUGUUUGUGAUGAACAUGAUGCAUAUGUAGGAGGACUGCCUGUAUUUACCAAUCUGAAAAUCGCUAGUAUAAUUUCUUGCUAGUUGGUCCAGUGGGAAAAGUCUUCCUGAGGAUAAAAAAUUAAAAAAAGACAUUCUACUAAAAUUAGAUUUCCUCAGGGCAAGGCCACAUAUAGAGAGAGGCUCAGUAUGCAGGCAGAGAGUGCUGCUUGGUGCCUGUGGAUGGGCUGUAUUCAGCUGUGGCUUGUACUUGCGUGGCUGGGUCAGUGAUUCCUUGGCCCAAAUGUUAUCAAGUAUUUGCUAGUUACUACCUGUCAAGUGCCAAGUUAGUCCUGUGGGAAAAUAUCAAGUAUAUAAGAAAGGGAUUCUUCCUUGAGGACUUUUUCUAGUUGAGAAUAUAUAAGACAUUACUCAAGAACACUAUGAAGACAACUCACAUGUCCCUCCCUCUCUGAUGUCUUCCCUGACUCUGGAAGAUGGAGUAAAGUAUUCCCUCCUUUGUGCCCAUGUAGCACUUGUUAGAUUACACUUAUAUUGUCACACUUCACCCCCCCAGACAGGACCGUCUCAUUUUUUGUUUAGAUCUGCCGCAAAACAAAUGGACACUCAGAUGGUUACUGAACUAAUAAAAAUUAGCUGUAAACAUUAUAGGAAUUUAAUGCUAGAAGAUACAGCUGUGGGUAAGAAGGAGAAAACAAGUUUCAGUUUAGAUUCGUUGCCUUUAAGAUGUCCAUAGGGGAGGCCCCAGUACACGCUGGGAAAUAAUGACUAUGAUGCUCUAGAGACAAGUGAGAACGAAAGCAAAGAAGUGGAGAUCAUAGCUGGGUUAGGCAGUAGAUACAGUAAUGGCAAUGGGUAGGAUCACCUGAGUAUAAUAUACCUGGCCAAGAGAAACAGCUUCUCUACUUUUCCAUUCUAGUUUUUCCCUGUGGGCCAUUAAAAUCUUAGCUUGGGAUUUUAAAUUUAACGAAUAUUAUUCCAGGGCUUACUAACUGACCUGUGCACAGAGAGGUUCAUAAGUAUAAAUGAAAAUCUUGUUUUAGGUGAAGGUUGCUAUUAAAAUUCCCAGCUCAGCUGGUUGGUCAGCCUUGGGCCUCAUGGAGGAAAUGUAAUAACUGAAGUACUAUUUUCCAGCCACCCUACCUAAGGGGCUAUCUUGGGGCAUUGACCUCAAGGACAAUCUUUGUAUAAAUUUUACUGUAAUCCUGUCCUGGGCCUAGAAAAGAGGCCUAGUGACAGUGUAGGUCUAGAAAGGGUAGGAGAGAGUACCCAAUACCAGGAGACGGUGGUUCCACCCACUUCACUCUCACACCUCUUUGCCCUACCUACCUACUAUUCUGUCUGUCAGAGCUGAUCUUAAUGAAAAGGAAAGGAAAAGGGCAAGGAGGCUAGCCCAUUUCACUCUCUAAGUCAUCAUUCCAUCAUAUACCUGUAACUUUGAAUGUCAGAAAUUCCCUUGGAAUUAUGUCAUCACCUUUAUUCCACAUUUAAAAUAUUACAGUAGCGUGUUAGUGGAAAUUAAGACCACCUACACUGGUUAUGUUCAAUUGGUUUUGGAUCAGUGGUCAUUUAUGUAGGAUGAAACUAAAGUUCUUGCUACCUAUAAUAAAGAAUUUUUAAAGCUGCACUAAUCUAAUUCACUUACACACUCUGCCUCAAACAGUAGAAUCCCUUUUUCACGUUAGCCCAUGUUUGCAUAAGGCCACGCUUGCGUUGUUGGGUUUAUUUAAUGUACGUCACAAAAGCCUUUCUGGCAUAAAUGCACAAGGCCUUUGCUGACUUUUGUAUCAUAGCAGCCAUUGAGGCCUGUUACCUCAAAGCAUCUUGCUAUCUUUAAGGGUUUGUAUGAAGAUGCCAGAGCACCAGAAAGCAUUUGUCAUAAUAUAAAUGCAUAUCUGUCAAAACCAAACAAUUUUGAAUACCUUACUUUGUCCAGUGCUUUCCUUCACAUCAUACACAUUUUAACUGCUAUUUGUUUCACUGGCUGGUGUGCCUGAGAAAAUCAAUCUCAAAUAUUUAUUAAAUGCCCACUGUGGGUAAAGCAGUAACGAAGACAGACCAGAAUGCAGCUCUGGCUCCAAAGAUGCAUAUUUUCUUUUUGGGGAAUUGAAACAUAAAAAUACAUCUAACAAUACAAAAGGCUAUGACAAGUUCAAAAUGGUUGUAUAAGUCCUCUAAGCAGAGAGCUCACAUCCAGUGAGCUAAGUGCUUUUGGAGCAGUAGCCACAAUUUAUAAUCUGUGGAGCAAGUGCAGUGCUCAGAUAUUUUUUGGCCUACACCAUCUUAAAAAAUGUUUCAUUCAUUCAGUAGCAGUGAGAAAGUACCACAAUCGUGGAGCUUGUAUUUGAUUAGGGGAGACAGACAAAACGUGCACACACACAUAUACACACGCACAACUGCUUAAUACAGUGGGAAAGAUUGAUAUGUGAUUAAAAAAAGAAUAAAUAGGAAUGAGGAAUGAUUAAAAAAAAAAGAAGAAAUAGGAAUGAAGAAUAAAAGAAUAAAUAGGAAUAGGAAUGAGUUAUUGUCCUUGAGGUCAAUGCCCCAAGAUAGCCCCUUAAGUAGGGUGGCUGGAUAAGUGUGGUCCAUUAGGGAGGGCCUGUUUCAGAUGGUGAUCUGAAUGAAGUAAGGGAGUAAGCCAUGUGAAUUCUGGGGACAGAUACGUUAACUUAGUUGCCAACAUCUGAAUAUCAGGAUAUUUCACAUGCAAAUCAAUUAAUUACUGGUUUGUCUAGGAAGGCUGGAAGAUCUGGCAAUGCUAGGUGUAAAUUUUUACUUGGCAACAUUCAGUUGGAGCUGAGUUGAGCUGUGGCCUUCAGACAGUUGCUGGCCCUCUCCAGUUCACCAUUGCCCCCAUCUCUUCCUUAUUUUAUACCCAGCUUACUUUACUUACUUAUUAUUACAUUCCAUGUUCCUGUAGGCAUUUGGAUUGUGAACUCUGCUUUGGAAGAAAUACAUGUUAAAUUUUCCUCCAACAACUAACAGACUAAUCUGGUAUAUACCUAUAAAUUUAGAUACAAUUUUAAUCUACUUUAAAGAAAAUAACCACAGAGACUUUAAACAUAAUCAGUUAAUCAUCUGUGGUAGUUGGUCUCCUCAAAACUCCCACAAAAAAUAACAGUGAAAGUAUAAACUCACAAGAACAACCUACAAGAGAAUGGUGGAGGAGAUAUCAGUGGAUGAGAGGGUUCAGUAAUUUGGAAAAUGGAAAGUGGAUGGAGUGCUAAUAACUAAAAUCAGCAUAGAGAAAAUACAACCAAAAGUCAUCCUGUAGAACACCUCAGAGACUCAAGACUUGGCGGCACCAGGUAGACAGGAAAUGGAGUGUGCAGCUAGGGUUGAAAAGGGAGAGAUUGGUUUAAAAUGAGUAAACAAUGGUUGGAGUCACAAAAGCCCUCUUUACUCUGAGCAGCAAGGUCACUACCUCUACCUAAGGCAGGAGAAUGGAGUUUAUUCUCUGGAAAAAUGAAGCCUGGCAUGGCUAUUGGGGCCGACAGGCACAGCGGUGGGCCAGGAUGUGAUGCAGAGCUGAAAACAGGAAUUAGGUACAAAUCUCCCUUCUCUACAGUGGUCCCUAGUUCCUUUCCCUUUAGAACAGCAGAACCAGAGGGGGCAGGGAACAGAAUAGAAAGUAUAUCUGAUAUGUUUGGCCGUUUGAAAAAUAAUACUGAUGGGAUUAAUACCACUGAUGAGAAUGUAUUGCAAAAAUAUAAAGAUAGAGACUUAGAAAAUUAAGCAAUGGUAGUUAUUAAUGCCAAAAAAGACAAAAACUCAUCAAGAAAGAAAAUCUAAUCCUAAUUCACUACUUGGUUCUGCAGUGAACAAUGUGUAUACAGUUCUAAUAAAAAUAUUGACUAUUGAGUUGA